AUGGUUCAAGAUAAAAACUCUAUUGAAAAAAAGGGACAAAAUAAUGAUAUUGUUGUUCCCAACGUUAUUCCUUCCAACGAUAAUACUGCAAAAAGUAUAACCAAAGAUAUUCCAGAAAAUAACGAUCAAGGAACACAAGAUGAGAAAGAACAACAUCAAGAACAAAAACAGAUACUAGAUAUUGCUGAAAUUUGCGAUAAUUUAAAAAGAGCCUUUAAAGAAGAAGGUACUGAUGAUCCUAUUUCUUUAAUUACAAUAAUAGACAUAUACACCCAGCAACUUUUAAAAACUUCAAAUGAAACCUUCAUUUUACAGUUUUUGGAUGUCUUGCAGGAUGAAUUGAUUAAAGCUGAUGAUAGAUUAUUAAAGGAAAUUGGUUGGGAUCUACCCAAAAUAUUGUUGCAAUUUAUCCGCUUUGAUUACCUCAACGUUAAUAUUCAAUUAAAAUUUAAUAAACCAUUAAGAAUCGUUAUGAGAUGUUUUAAUGAAUUAGUUUUACGUGGAAAUCCAAAAGAGUUAUUUUUAACUGGCUGCGAACUCCUAAAUAAUCUAAACUUUGAUGAUGAAAAAGCAGAAGAGAAAAAAGUUUGCAUGAAUUUAGACUUUAGCAAGAUUAAUCAAGUUUUAACAAGAGAUCCAGCUGAAUUCACAUUAGAACUAAAGUUUCAUAUUUUAGAAGAGUUGGUCAGCUCUACAAUGAGGAAAAUUGAUAAUAAUCCAUUUCCAUCUAAAUUUUUAGCCAUGUCUACCGACUCCCUACUAAGAUUUAUUCGCAAUAAUAAUUCUAAAAUUCAGGAUAGUUUUUUCAUUUUGCGCAGAAUUUACACUUUUAUUAGAGGUUAUGAACCACCGCAAUAUCAUUCUACUACCCAUACUGCUCCAAUUACAGAUUAUGAUGAGGAAGGAGAAAACCUGUUACAAAGAAAAUUAUUGGUAAACUUCACCACAACGGUCUUCCCCAUUUUAUUUAAUACGCAUACCGGACAAUUAGCUUGGAUAUAUUAUUCAGAAAACAUAAGUUGUAACCGAGAGGAUAUUCGUAAAGCUAGGGAUUUAGAGAAAAAUCCCGCUUACCAUGAAUUUAUUACAUUAUAUGAAAGAUUUUAUCAACUUUGUAAUUCGUUUGAUGUUGAUAUUGAAAAAGAAUUUGUUAACUUGUGUUGUGAAGAAUCCAAGAGUAUCUAUAAUGCUAUUCCACAAACCACAUCUUCAGAUGCUAUUUCACAAGUUAUUUUCCAAUUACCUGUAGCUUAUGAAUUUUCAAAAUUGAAGAAUGAAAGGAAAAUACCAAUUAAUUUUGAUGGUAUUUUAUUGUUAGCCUGCUAUCACUAUCAUAAAAACGAUGUUACAUCAGCUCCUCCCCAGCUAAAUUUAACCAACAUGAUUUAUUUAUUUCUAAGAGUUACGUCUCCAGGAACCAUCUCUCCCGCUUUAAAAAAUGACAUUGUUAAAGAAUGUGUUUAUUUUUUCAUAUGGUAUUGUUUUAAGCACGCUGCAUCUUGUGAAAGUUUAAUGGAAGAAUUAUCUAAAAUUUCAUCCUUUAUACUUAUUACAUUUUUCCAAUUAUUAUUGUUGGACAAUAUCACACCAAAUUAUACUGGUUUGUUACCCAAUGCAGCCUCAAGAAUGUGUUCUUUAACUUUAUUAACUAGAUUUUUAUGUCUAUCACCUAAUAAAGUAUCUUUUGAGUUUAUUAAGGACACAUUGUUAAGUUGUCCCUAUCCGGAGGGGAAAGUGUUUAUUAUUAGUAUUAUGAAAGAUUUAAUGACAAGAAAAUGCAAUGUUUCUGCCGUUAAUACCACUUUGAACAUUGAGUUGUCUAAUUUACACCUUACUGCUGCCAAUAGUAGUGCUGAAAAUAGCGAUAGAAAUGUAGACAAGGGCAUUUCGCCAACUUUAUCUGAAAAGGGGUCUGCUUGUUGUUAUAUUGAAAUUAAUGACGAUAUAAUGGCUACAAUUCACUCAUUAACUAUGCUUUGUAUUGAUACAAUUAGGAAAUCAGCAUUGACUAUUUUUGAUGUUGGUACUUCUAUUGGCGAUAGUAAUGGGUCCGACUCGUUUAAAGUAAAUUUGCAAAUACUAUUAUCAUACUUAAACUUUUACUGUAGUGUUUAUCAAAAAUGGAAUAGUAAUUUAUUAGAAAUUGUAAACAGUGAAAUUAGUACUUUUUUGAAGACCCAUAAGAAAAAUGAUGAUUCGCAAUAUGAAAAGUAUCCUGAAAUCCAAUUUAUUGAUAUGGCUAACAAAACAUUAUAUUCAUUUAUCAAGAUUAAAGAUAAAGAAAAUGGAAAAUAG